GCGCGAGGCGGAGGCGGUCGCACGCCAAUCCUCUCUCUCCUACACCCGCUCCGUCUUCCUCCUCCCGGUCUCCUCUCCUCGCUUCUUCCACUCGUGGCGGUGUAGCGUACUAUCGCCGCCGUCGCCUCCUGCAUGGAGGGCAACACGGGCUCACUGUACGGCCGCCUCAACAGGAGCAGCACGCGGGGCUUCCUCGCCUACGUCGCCGCGGGGGCCGCCUGCGCCGCCGUCCUCGCCUACUUCGUCGUCCCCACCGCGGGCCCAGCCGGCUCCGCGUCCAACGAUGGAGCUCUUCGCCUGUCCUCGCGCACGGCGCGCGUCUGGCCCGAACUCGCGUUCAACUGGCGCGUGGUUGUGAUCACCGUCGUCGGGUUCCUCGGCUCCGCGUUCGGCACCGUCGGCGGCGUUGGCGGCGGCGGGAUCUUCGUGCCCAUGCUCAACCUCGUCGUCGGCUUCGACACCAAGUCCGCCGCUGCGCUCUCCAAAUGCAUGAUCAUGGGAGCGUCGGCGUCGUCGGUGUGGUACAACCUCCAGGUGUCGCACCCGACCAAGGAAGCGCCCGUCAUCGACUACAAGCUCGCGCUACUCUUCCAGCCGAUGCUCAUGCUCGGAAUCACCAUCGGCGUCGAGCUCAGCGUAAUCUUCCCCUACUGGCUCAUCACCGUCCUAAUCAUAAUCCUCUUCAUAGGCACUUCGUCGAGGUCGUUCUACAAGGGAAUUCUCAUGUGGAGGGAGGAGACGAGGAUUCUGAUGGAAACACGCGAGCGAGAAGAGCAAUCCGAGUCUGCUUGUGCCGCAAGUGAUGUGGUUAUUGACCCGAGUUAUGAAGAGCCCCUCCUGCCUCUGCCUCAGCCCAAGGAGAAGUCUGCAUUGGAAACUUUUCUGUUCAAUUUGAGAUGGAAGAAUAUCCUAGUGCUAAUGUCUGUCUGGUCAUCUUUCUUGGUGCUGCAAGUUCUCAAGAAUAAUUCGAAAUCAUGCAGCAAUUUCUACUGGGUGAUCAACGUUCUGCAGGUCCCAGUUGCAGUGAGUGUGUUCCUGUGGGAGGCUGUGCAGCUAUGCAAGGAGAGCCAUGCUCGACGUGUGAAUGGAAACUUGGAGUGUGUGUGUGAGGCCUCUAUCGAGUGGUCACCAGCACAGCUCAUCGUCUGCGCCUCCUGUGGCCUGCUUGGCGGGACCGUUGGUGGUCUUCUUGGAUCUGGUGGUGGGUUCAUCCUCGGCCCACUUCUUCUUGAGCUUGGGUGCAUACCCCAGGUUGCAAGUGCAACAGCGACAUUCGUGAUGAUGUUCUCCUCCUCCCUCUCUGUGGUGGAGUUCCACUUCCUGCACAGAUUCCCUAUCCCUUUUGCUGCCUACCUCAUCUUUGUUUCCAUAUUGGCUGGAUUUUGGGGCCAGUGUUUGGUUAGGAAGCUUGUGCACGUGCUCAAGAGAGCAUCGCUGAUUGUCUUCAUCCUCUCCUCUGUCAUCUUCGCCAGUGCUCUUACAAUGGGCGUUGUUGGAACUAAGAAGAGCAUUUCGAUGAUAAACAACCAUGAAUACAUGGGGUUUCUCAACUUCUGCGAGUAACUCAGAAUCGAUCAGAUUGUUGAUAUUUCAGGGAGAAUCCAGGCCAAUACCUAAUUGACCUCACCUCUCCCCAAAAUAUGAACAAUAAAAGGUCGUGAGGUGCGUGCAGGCGUUCGCUCCUGGCUGAUCUGCACGUAUUUUGCACGACAGAGUCGUAGACUCGUAGUGAGUUCAGCUCAAGUCAUGCGCUUGUUAGCUUCUGGCUAACCGGCAAGUUGUAUGCAUUGGUGUCGUGGGAGUGUGCAAUUUUUUUGUCAUGCAUGUGUUAGCUCCUGGCUAACCUGCAAAUAUGUGUGUUGGUCUUGUGAGGGUAAGGUUUUGUCAUGCCUGCGUUAGCUCCUGGCUAACCAGCAGUAUCCGUCCUAGGGAGAGUCGCAGCUAUGUCAUUCAUUCUUGCGCUAGCUUCAGGGCUAGCCUGCAAAGUGCAAAUGUGUCUUAUGGAACAUUGUAAAUAUCAGCCAAUUGCCAUUCUGUCAGUAUGGCUUAGUGCGUUUACAGGCUUCCAGCCAUGCUGAA